CAACUUAGUAGAGUACUUGUUCUGCACCUUUCUGCACGUCGUCAUGCGAAGGUUAAUUAACGUUAGACGUUUCAGAAGUUUUUUUUAAUACUUUGCACACGCAGUGAUCGACGGGAAAGUGAAAAUAAUUGUUCGUCAAUUUAAUAGUUGUUACGUGCGGUAGUAGUAUUGAAAAAUCAAAACUCCUGGUCGUUUGUUUACGACAAUAGAAGUACGUGACAUAUGUCGUGUUCUGCAUUGCAGGUCAUAUUUUCAUGAACCGUCACGAUGGAAAAUGUCGUGCUUAUGGUGAGAAUGUGAGAAUUGUUUUUACAUCACUCUUAGACUGCGAGAAUCAACGCUUUGUCUCAAAGUCUCAAUAGUGAAUCUUGAUAAUUGUAUAUGUAAUUCUAAUGUGGAGGAAAAUGUCGACAACAUUUCGAUAACCAGUGUGACCCCCCCGGAGUCGAUGGAUUUCGCAUGAGACGCCCAGUCAUCUUCCAUUUGAAACUUUGCACUCCAAAGUGAUCAGAGUGUAGAAUUUUUCCGUCGUCUUAACCAAAUAUAGAUCUUCUUAAAGAUUGGCAAUGGAGAGUUCCGAAGAGCCAUCAAGUUUGCAGUCAAUUUGUCAAUUACGAGCCUCGGAACUUUAUCCGAAAGCUUCGCACAUGGAAUGCGAGGACAACAGUUUAGUUGUUCCAUUUGUACCUGUGAGUGGAGAAUCGGUGACUGCACUCGGUCGCACUUCAGAUGGAGUUUUGGCACUUUCAAAUUAUAGACUUUACCUGCAAGCCGGAAAAGCUUGUUGCAAUAUUCCACUCGGUCUAGUCGAAACUGUUGAAGUGAAAGAAAUGUUUUUCCUUCACAUCGGUUGCAAAGACGCUCGAUCACUCAGUUGCUCUUUUUCUACCAAUGAACAUUGUUUGGAAUGGUAUAAGCGACUACAUAGAGUGAUAAGCCCUCGGAAAAGCAUAGAAGAUAUGUUUGCAUUUGCUUACUAUGCGUGGUCCACGGAAGAGGGCAAAGAUUAUCCUAGACUCGGGAAGGAGAGUAGUACGUAUCUGUCCACUUUCAACUCGGAAGUUGAACGAUUGAGGUUCAAUUUACAUGGAUCCUGGAGAAUAAGUCAAAUCAACAAAGAUUACCGAAUGUGCCCAUCAUAUCCUCCACAGCUGCUUGUACCUGCUUGCAUUUCAGAUGUCGUCCUUGAAGCUGUUGCCAAAUUCAGAAGUUCACGAAGAAUACCUGCCGUUGUAUGGAGAAACGUGAAAAAUGGAGCCGUAAUUGCGCGCAGCAGUCAACCGGAAGUCGGUUGGCUCGGCUGGCGAAGUCCAGAGGAUGAAGAUCUUUUAAAGGCACUGUCUGACGCCUGCUCGUACGACAGAGGGGAAUCGACAAUGAUCGAUUCGCCUGUUAAUUACUCCGACGCAGGAGAGGAGACUUCAGUGGCAAACAAUGCCAGUAAAAAAAAAGUGCUGAUUGUUGAUGCGAGGUCUUACACGACGGCGGUAGCAAAUCGAGCACGAGGCGGUGGCUGUGAAUGUCCUGAAUAUUAUCUCAGCUGCGAUAUACAGUUCAUGAAUCUUGCGAAUAUACACUCUAUUCGAAAAAGCUUUCACGCUGUGAGACAGCUUUGCGCAUCCGAUUCCGAACAACCAAAUUAUCUGAGUUUAUUAGAGAAUACUCGAUGGUUGCAACAUAUGUCGGGACUAUUGCAAGCAGCAGUUACAGUUGCAUCUGCAAUCGAAAGUGACGGAAGGCCAGUAUUAGUACAUUGCAGCGAUGGGUGGGAUAGAACGCCUCAAAUUGUAGCAUUGUCCCAGAUAUUACUUGAUCCUUAUUAUCGAACAAUGGAGGGUUUUCAAAUUCUAUGCGAAAGAGAAUGGCUUGACUUUGGUCACAAGUUUGCCGACAGAUGUGGACAAACUGUUGGUGGCGAAGAUCCAAAUGAACGGUGUCCAGUAUUUUUACAAUGGCUCGACUGUGUUCACCAAUUAAUUAAACAAUUUCCUUGUAGUUUUCAAAUGUCGCCUGCAUAUCUUGUAAAAUUAGCGCAGCAUACGUAUUCUCAACUUUUUGGAACAUUCCUAUGCAAUACGAGGCAGGAAAGACUUCAGCUGAGAAUACAAGAUCGUACAUUUUCAGUGUGGCGGUUUCUUAACUCCACUUCAUUUAUAAAUCAUCUUUAUUCCCCGUUAAAAAAUCAAGUAUUAUGGCCCAGUUAUAAUGUGAGAGAUUUAGUACUUUGGUCAGAAGUAUAUUUGGGAUCCUUGGAAACAACUCUCGGUGUCAGUGAUAUAAAGCAAAGAAUGACAAUGAUUGAUAUAGAAAAUGGAGAAAAUGAAGAGCCACAGGGACAAAUGACAAAAACACGAUCUUACGGUGAUCUUAUUCAUGCACAAGAUCAUUUAACACGACUUCAAAGAAGAUUGAGUGACUCGAGCAUUUCUAUCGAAAAAAAAUUUGACACAUUGUGUCUUGAUAAUCAAUCGGAUAAGGAUGAGGAGAUUCACAUUAUUGAUAAACCUGAAGAAAAUACAAAGAAAGAGAUGGAGGCUGAGGAAAAGAGAAAUGCGUUCAGCGUUAAUAAGGAACCAAAAGAAUUACUCACUAAUACCUCUGGGGAUAGUUCCACUGAUACUCUAAUUCCAAACAGCGAUCUUCUGACAAAUGGAGAAAAGGAAAUAUUGCAAGUUUAUCCUUCACAAAACAAUGAAUCGCGAUGGAUUGAACCUGGAACGAGUCGAGGGAAUUGUAACUGUAAUCGAGUUCAUGUUGAUAAUGUCGAUUUGAGUGAAACGAGUAUAAAUUCACGAUCAGCAAGUAGUAUUUGUCCAGCGUCUCCCAUUCAUCAGGAAGUGAUUAUUGACAACCUUGACAAGUUGGAUGAUGUAGAUGGCCUUCCUUUGAUUCAUUGCGACGUUCAACUGAGAGUUCAACAAAUCAUUGUGGAACACAAGCUCAAAGAAGAUGCAUUACGGAAAGAAUUACAUGCCACGAGAUUAGCAUUGAUCAAGCAAGUCUGUCAUCACACAACUGAUAAUGAUCGGAUCGAUGAUAUAGGUUCUUUACCGGAUUCUGUGGAAAGUGCUGGAGAUCACGGAGAAUCUUUGCCUUCGGACAUGUCUUGGGAAGCAGUGGAAGAAUUAGCACCGGCACCGACACUUUGGGUGCCUGAUCACGCCGUCGAUCAUUGCAUGGGUUGUGGAAUUGAGUUUUGGCUCGGAAGACGUAGACAUCAUUGCAGGUCUUGUGGAAGAGUAUUUUGCGCAGAUUGUUCGGAAAAUUCUACUCCAUUACCAAGCGAGCAACUUUACAGUCCAGUGAGAGUGUGCAGCGAUUGUUUUUGUCGCCUCCACCAUCGCACUAGUCCUUGUCAGUGCAAUAUCCACCAUGAGGGAAAAGUUGGAAGCGAAGUGGUAGCUGGUGGUAAUUUCGAAGGAACAACGUCGUGCCAGAGAACGACAAAGGUAACUUCUAUGGGAGAGGCAAAUACAGUGAACUGAGCAAAUGAAAAGUUUCUUUUACAAAAAAAAAACAAAACAAAAUAAAACAAAAAGAGGGAAACUUGAAAAUGUAACUUAAUAUCGACAUUCCAACAAUAAUGUGAGUGUCGAAAUUUAUACAUAAUUUGUAUCAGAAACAUGCAUUAUGCAAGUCGCGUGAAACAACGCGCUAGAUUCUUUGAGCGAUCUAAUAUUUAUUGCUAGAGUUAGUAAUUUGUACUAAGUGGUGUAUAGAAAUGAGAUGGAAUUCGGAGAGUGAAAGAUCUGAAUGAGCGACGAUAACCAGACAUACUGUGCAAUGUGUAUACUUUAUAAUAGAGUCAGGCGAAUAAGACUUUUGGCUCCUUCGUUAUGCAAUUCAGGUUUUUCGAUUUAUAGGUUUUUGAUUCGAAAACAAAACAAAAAAAAAGUUAAGAUAAGUUUUAAGUAGGCUGUGAAAGAAGUUUUAAGUUUAAAAAUACGUGUGUGAGGAACGGUUUUUUGCUGUCAUUGCGCGUUUACGUUAUUGGAAUUGCUAAUUUAUUGUUGACUCUUGCACCAAGUCCAAAAAAAAGAAGAAAGAAAUUCAUUAUUGCGAUCAGAAUAUAUGUUUGGAUGUAUAGAGAAAUUGGAAUUCUAAAUGUCACUAUAGACUACGGUGUUUUAAACGUAUUUUCGAUUAUAAAAAUUUCACGUUUCUGAUAUUUUGUAACUCGUCUGAUUCUUAUAAAAGAAUGAGUGCAAAAUUCUCGUUUCGUGUGCUUUUCAAAAAAAAAAUUUUCAAGUUUUAACUUCUCAAUAAAGUUUGACUUAUUCACGGAA